AUGCGGUUACAAUGUCCAAAAAUCAGUCCUAGAACAGUUGUAAAGCGCCACUUCAAGCAUUAUGACACAGAAUCGUUUUCAGCUGACAUUGCUACAGUUCCCUUCCACUUUGCACAUAUUUUUGAUGACCCUGUGGAUGUGUGUUGGACAUGGGGAAAAUGUUACGCGACGCCCUGGACGUGCAAGAGAUCCAUGACUAAGCAUCAACAUGUGCCAUUCAUGACACCAGAACUACCUGGCUCCAUUCGUCACCGUAACAAACUAAGAAAACUAUACUUCAAGUCCAAGGAUCCUGGGGACUGGGAGAAAUACAGACCACAGCGUAAUCUUACUUCAUCCUUAAGACGAAGGGAAUUCAAGCCAUCUCCGGUCAAGAGGAGGCAGUGCCAAAGGUGAUCCAGAGCAAUUCUUGCAUACAAUUAAGCCCUUUAUCCAUUGUAA